AUGCCGUCUGCUUUGAUUUUGAUUGCUGACGGAACAGAGGAGAUGGAAUUCACCAUCACCUACGACACCCUCGUACGUGCAGGCGUUGCUUGCACGUCAGCCUUCGUCUCAGAAAGGGAUGAAGGUGACGACCAUAGGAGCCAUGAGUCGAACCCGCCGUUUGUCAAAGGCUCUCGGGGUAUCAGGAUCGUCCCGGACAUCUACUUUUCGCCAUCUGCAGCGACACCCGACAAAUUUGAUCUGCUGGUCAUACCGGGAGGCGCGAAAGGCGCCGCGACGAUCUCGGGCAACGCAUCCAUUCAGCAUCUAGUGAAAGAGUACCUGCAAGCAGGCAAGUUUGUUGGCAUGAUAUGUGCAGGGAGCUUGGCGGCUUCCACGGCUGGGCUUCCACGCCAGCCGAUCACCUCUCACCCAAGUGUCCGCGACCAGUUGAAGGAUGAUUUCGAUUACUCCGAGGAGUCCGUGGUUAUUUCUGGCAAGCUUGUUACAAGUCGGGGUCCAGGCACGACGUUCCCUUUCGCACUCACCCUUGUAGAGUUGUUGUGUGGAAAGGAGAAGCGAGCGGAAGUAGCCGGUCCAAUGGUCUUCCCGCAGGGCACCUUUGCCUAGAGGGACGUUUCCACUGCGCAUGAAGGUAAAUAAUGAAGCAAAAGGAUAUACGUGUAUUGUAAGAGAUCGCCCUGCAGCCUGGAAAUUUGACAAAUCCAAUGUACUUCGUUUCCGUACACCCGACUCGAGAAAA